UAAAAAGCCGUUGGAUGAAGUCGCAGAUCGCGCGCGAAAUCAGUCUGCGCCGGUGCGGGGUCGUUCCAGCGUCUCCUCAGUUCGACUUUAGUAAAGGCAACGUCCAAACGCGGCUUCUCCUAUUCUCGUCAGAUCUCGCUGCUGCCUCUGCAACACCUUACAAUGGAUUGCCGGCAGCGGAGUCCUCACGGUGCCGGGACGAACCCAGGGAGUAGCUGCUGGGGCGGCGACAUUGGCACACUUUCUCCAUCCCGGUGGUCUCUUGGACGCAAAAGACGAUUGGAUGGAAGGUACAGAAAACCAGAAGAUGUUGAUUCGUCUCUGUUUGUUGAAGAUGAGACCCAAUCUAAACACACAGAAGAAAAUGAAUGUCGAGAUUCAGACAACAGGCUUGAGAGUUUUACAACACCAGAAGGUCCCAAACCUCGUUCAAGAUGUACAGACUGGGGAAGUGUAGUUGAAGAGGAUGAAAUGAGAACCAAAGUGAAUAAAGAAAUUGCAAGAUACAAAAGAAAACUUCUCAUAAAUGAAUUUGGAAGAGAAAGAAAGUCAUCUUCUGGAAGUUCUGAUUCAAAAGAAUCAACAUCUGCAGCACCAGCAGAACUAGAAACGGAUGAAAAUGUUCUGAUGAGGAGACAAAAACAGAUAAAUUAUGGAAAGAAUACCAUUGCCUAUGAUCGAUAUAUUAAAGAAGUGCCGAGGCAUCUUAGACAACCUGGAAUUCAUCCCAAGACUCCAAACAAGUUUAAGAAGUACAGUAGGCGAUCAUGGGACCAGCAGAUCAAACUGUGGAAGGUUGCUUUACAUUUUUGGGAUCCUCCAGCUGAGGAAGGCUGUAACUUACAAGAAAUCACCCCAGUAGACAUUGGUGAAAUGGAGACUGAAUCUGCUGAAAGUAGUUCUGAAUCACAAACAAGCUCUCAGGAUAACUAUGAUAUGUAUUCUGGCACGCCCACAAAAGUUAGACAUGUUGAUUAUCAAGCAGGAGACGAAUUUGACUUGGAGGCUUGUUUGACUGAACCACUGAAAGAAUUCCCAUCUGUGAGCUAAGGGUGCCACCUGGAGGCUAUUUUGAGGAAACGAAUUCUGUUCUGAAAUAGAUGACAUUGUUUAGGUGAAAAUAAUUCUGGUGAGAUGUUGGCCAAACUAUGUUGUGCGUUGAUAACUGGAUGUUUCCCUCCUGUUUAUAGUUCAUUAUUUCAUGGUAUUGCUAUUCUUGCCUUAUUUUCUUAUUUUUACGUAAUUUUUUGUAUAUUGGAUGGGUUUGCAAGUGUUAAAUUAUAAAUUGUAACAACCCAAGAAAAGUGACCUUGAGACAAUUGAGUUGUUCCAUAGGUUUCUCUUCAAGUGAACUUGGCUGACGUAAGUGGUUUUUUUUCUAGGUAUAAAAUGCCACAUUGGUCUCUUUAGUUUUGUCAUAGAACUAUAAGGGGCCAGCCUUUCUUUGUGUUUUGCCAGUGUACUUUGAGUUGAAUGUGACUCUAUUUUCCUUACAGACUAAAUUCUUGGCAUCUCUUCAAGGUGUCAAGUGUAUUAAGCUUUUCAUUUCAUCCAGAGCACUGGAAAGGCACCAUAGAUAUGGUGAAUUAUUUGAAUACUGAGCUUGAAGAUUGCUGCAUCCUUACUUUGGUACUUGUAAAUAGUCAGUGAUAGACAGUUCUUCUUGUGAUAUUUGAAGAAGAGUUAAAGGAAUGCAAAGUUUGUAGGUUAAAACAUUUUAAAAAUGCAACCAAUUAAUAAGCCAUGUAAAAUUGUAAAUGAUAACGUUGUACAGAUUUUCUGUUCAAAUAUUCAAUUGUAAACAUAACACAGUUAAUGUUUUAAUUGCUUUUGUAUGGAAUGUUCUUGCAAAAAAUAAAAGGAAAAGAAUAUGGUGUAUCAGAUUUA